AUGUUAUCAUUUAUAUGGAUUUUAAUUGUGCAAUAAGUUAAUGCUUAGUAUUGUGAGUGUAAUUAACAAUAAGCAGAUAUAUGUUUGAUAAAUUAAGAUUGCUAAUUGCUCAUAUCUCAUUUAAAUAGCACGAUUAGCAAUCUGAAUAUAAUUCAGAUAGAGAAUUGCAAUGUGUUCAUAUGCCUAUAAAAAUUAGUGAAUAAAGCAGUGUUGGAAGUCAAUUAGUUAAUUAUUAAUAACGCAAGAAUAGAGUAAAAUGAUAGUUGUGAUAUCAUAUUACAUUAAUAGAUAGUGAUAUCAGGAAAUAUAAUUAAUAUUACAUCCUCAAGGAUAAGCUUUUUUGGAUACAUGUAAUUAUCAUUUUCAUCCCAGAAUAUGACAUUAAACUCUUCGAAAAUCUUGUCAAAUACUAUGAAUAUUUGUGCAUUUUACUUAACAAUCAACAAUUCCUCACUUACAUCUCUAAUGUAGAACAAAACAUAAUGUUCGUGCUUAAAUAAUCUGAAUUGUUCUGACUAAGCUUAUGUGAAAAACCUGUUUAGCUUUGUUGGGUUUAUCACUCAGAAUUACACUAAUUUGACUGCAUAAUUUAUUGAAGAAUAAUGGUUGGCUCAAUUCUAAUGCAAAUACUUUACUUUAAAAAACCUGACCUAUUACACCAUGUUAAUUUCAGUUUCAAAUGAGACCUAUUUGACAUAGCAUUCCAAAAUCAAAGGCUUCUACGUUGGCUUUUAUUCUUAUAGUUUAUAAAUUGAUAAAACUAGUCAGAUUUUAACAGAUGGCAUGGGAUACUCCACCAAUGAGGGAUUUGGCUGUGGGUACACUGAUAAGAUUAUAGGAUUGAGAUAGUAAUGUGGAGGUACUGGGGGAAGUCAUGGUGGAAUGGGAGGCUUCUCAACAAGUCCAAAGUCAAAUUACAAUCAAUUGUGUUUACAACUACAGAGUAAGCAGAUUUAUGAUUAUUCAUUCAAUCCAGUACUCCCAGGUAGUGGUGGAGGGGGAGUCACAUAUGGAGAUUGGUUUGAAAAAAUCGAAGUUCAAGGUUAGGGAGGAGGAGUCAUACAUUUGGAGGUGUUGAAUUUAUAGAAUGAUGGGAUAAUAAGUUCGAAUGGAACAGCAUAUAUAGAGGAACCAUUUUUUGGGAGUGGAAGUGGAGGAUCUAUUUAGCUAAGAAUAAUCUAUUUUAGUGGAAAUGGAUAUGUUACUGCUGAUGGUGGAGGGUCUUAAUAUGAGGCCGAUUUUAACACAUACGAAUUUGCUAGACAGAAGUUUUAUUAGACAUACCAGGUCUAUGGUGGAUUUGGAGGAGGAGGAAGAAUCAGACUGUUCUUUUUCAACAUAUCAGAAAUGAUUAAUAGAAAUUAAGGUUGCAGCAAUACUAUUUAAACUAGACCAGGAGGUUUGACAAAUCAAUAAAACAGUGUUCUUAAUAUGUCUAAUUAAAUUAUUACUAAAUUUCAUGGUUCCAUCACACCUACUGGAUGUCCCUAGGGAACUUUUGGCAAUUAUUGUUAAUAAUGUAUUCCAGGUUACUAUAAAAUGCUGUAUGGAUAGGCUCCCUGUUAACCAUGUUUUAAUACUAUCAAUAAUUAAAAUAAAACUUAAUAUUUAAAUGUUGGAGAAAUUACACCAUUUUGCGCAGUUAUUUGCACUGAUGGUAAAUCACCAAAAGAAGAUCAAUGUUUAAGUGGAUUAGCAGAGUUCUCUCAAAAGUUAGGUGGAUAGAAUGUCAUAUUUGCUCUAUUUGUAAUUAUCAUGUUGCUAUUGAUUAAUAUUGCUAUUGUUUGGGCCAGUAGGGAUAAGAAUCAGUAGAAGUCAAGACAGUUUUAUGGAUCUUAUGAUGAUUCAACUUUGCAGUAAAUGACUAGUUCUUUAUCUGAGUUAAAUAACAAAACAUACCUAAUAAGUUAAGAUAUUCAUUUUCAUGUACGCAGAAUAUAUCUGGCAGGAAAUAACACUUAUUAAAAUCCAUGGCAAAUUUACCAAGAAACACUAGUUGACAGUGAUCUCAAUCAAGGAGAUAAUAAAAGGUUAUAUAAUCUGUUUGAAACAUUUAACUAAAGAGCAUUAUUUACUGUCUUUGAAAAAUAUAUUUUACUGUUUUUCAAAUUUUAUUACUAUCCUCUUUACAUAUGGAUUCUACAACUAAUACAAGUCCACAAAUUUAAGACUCUAUCCAAGUUAUUUGUCUAAUAGGAAUAUCUUUUUAAUGAAUAUGAUCCCGAAAGAGAUAAAAUUAAAUUGAAAUUCUCAUGCUCUAAAGACAAAACCUUAGCCUUCAUCGAUAGACUUAAUUUAGCUUUGAAAAUAGUUGAGUAGAGUAAUACCCUAGAAUUACCCAUUUAUUUAGUCUUGAGUGGUUAUGGAACAUUCCCAUAUCCAUUUUAAAUCAACAUUCACGAUGCCCUCAUCAAGAGAUUGUGGUAGUAAUUUAGUUUCAACACUAAUGAGGAAAGUAUCAAUCUUUUCGAAAAGUUUGUUGCUGAAUUUAACUAUUAUGCGGUCAAAAUAGAUUUUAGAUAAUCUUAGUCCUCAUUCACAAAAAGAUUUAGUGAUCUCCUCAAUUAUACAAAUCAGUAUAACUACGAAGUCUUUAGAUUGCAUCAUGCCAUACAAGUUGAUAUCUGUAUUCAUAUUAUUGCCAAUGAGUUGUCUGCUUAGAGUUAAGCAUAUCUGCUUGGAAAUGCAAAUCAAAGAGAACUGGAAUUCUUAUUAAAAUAAAUUCAUGUCAUGAAGAAUCUACCAGAAGAGUUCACUAUCAAAUUGUCUAUUAUUUUUAAUAAUUAUAAUAAAGAUAGAGUUGUGAAUUUAGAAGCAUUCAAUAACUUAGUCUACAAUAUUAAUGAGCAAUUAUAAAUCAUAAUUACUUAAGAUAAGGAUGAUUUGAGAAAUCAAAUCCAAUAGGAGAAGAAGAAGAUGCAGUCCAAAAUAAAUCGUUUUAAAAUAGAUGGAAUGAAGCAAUACAAACUUAAAGGAAUCCAUGUAGUUAAGCGAUUUUUCACUUGGCUUUUAAGUUAAAUUACUAGGUAUAGAGACAGCAGGGUGAAUCAACAAUUCCUAAUUGCUGGAAUAUGCAUUGUCCUUGCUAUAUAAUGGUGUUUUGUAAUUGCCUAUCCCGUUCUAUUAUUGAUUGUUUAUAAAAUGGAGAAUGACUAAAUCUUUUUGGCUGAGUUUAUUACUCAAUCAGUAAUAUUUCCUGCAGCAUAAAUCAUAAGUUUGAUUAUACUGUCCGCUUGGCUUUUAAAAUCCAGGAGAAAUUAUGGGAAAAUGUUUCUCUUAUUUAACCUAUGUGCUUUAGCAAGUUCUUUGAUUGAAUUUAUAUUUGGAUGCUACGAUCUUUUCAACUUCAAUUCCAGUGCUGAAUAUAACCUUUUUAAACUAUUCCCUUUCUUUUUCAUUUUGCUUUCAUCACAUUUGGUUUGUUUAUAGAUGAACUUUAAUGAACUCAACAAAAUAAAAUAUUUUGAGAUUUGA